AAACCUAGGAAACCCGACUAUAUAGUACUAAAGGCCUUUCGGCCUAUCUUACUACUAGCUACGAUUAGUAAAGGCCUUAAAGUAGUAGUUAUAAAUAGACUCGCUUACUUAGCGAAGAGAUAUAACCUUCUUUUAGAUAACUACUUUAGAGCUAGGAAGAAGAGGUUAUAUAAGUAA